AUGCUGCAAAGGCACAAGCAGGAAAAUCGUCCUCAAGAAAGUUUACUGGAUCGUUUAAGAACAAGACUUUUGAGAAAGAACAGCGCAACCAAAAACAAACAAAAAGUACACAUAGAAACGUCAGAUUUGUCAGAAAUUGGCGAAAGAUCGCAUGCAUUCAGGUCUUCUAAAGCAGAACUUAAGAAAUAUUUGGGACCAGUGGAAAACGCUGAAAUUGCAAAACGCCGAAAACGAACGGAUGAUAGAGGACGUUCCAUUCAACUCGACUCAUCGGAUCCACGACGUCUUGACGAAGAGCAACGAUCAAAGACUCUACCAAGAUAUUUUUCAUCAAAACGAACACCGUUUAAUUCCGUGCGUUGUAAAUGGUGCGAACCAAUUGAGCUGUCCGGUGCAGUGGAACAUAUUAACGAAACAUAUGACGGAACAUACAUUGAUGAGAACGGAAUAUUUACUACAGUGCUUUGCUUGUCUGAAAUAUAA